AUGUUGACGGCAGGCCGCUGCCUCCGACUUGUGCUUAUGGCGCGUCUUUCCGACAUCGAUUCCCCCGGGCCCGACCGUGUCAAUUGUCCACAGGCUUCCCCUGUCCUCAUCAACUGCGAAUCCGUCCGCGGGGACACUUUUUCGAUCCUGGAGGAGCAGAGACGGGUGUUCUGGGUCAGCUUUUGCCUGGACCGCUGUCUCUGCCUGCGCAACGAGUACCCCCUCACGCUGCAAGAAGACAUGAUCUGUGUCCGCCUCCCCGCUCCCGAAGCCAACUUCCAAAACAAUCAAUCCAUCCGCACCACUUUCCUACCAGAAGCCAUAUCAGCCCCGCAAAACACCCCACCCCUAUCCAGCUUCGCCGAAUGCAUCCUCGCCGUAACCCUCCACGGCCACUGCCUAGCCCUCCAACGCUUCCCCCCUUUCCCCGACCCCAUUACAAACCCCGUCGAUACCAACCCACCCUUCUGGUCGCAACGAAAACACCUCGUCCUAGCCGUUGAAACCCGCCUCCGCGUGCUCGGCACCUCGCACGGGUCCCGACCCCUCGACUCCGACCCCAUGCUCCUGUUCGCCCACAUACCCACGCCCCUAAUCCCCCCCACCCCCGGCAUCUAA